UGUAAAAGCUUGGGCGCAGCGGACGAGUGGCGGUGGAGCUACGAUGCUCUCAGUCUGCGUCCGUAAGCGAGACGAGCAUAACCCGGGACGAGGCGAGGCUGCGGCUCUCCGAAACCGAGACCUCCGCACCGAGUAGCGGGGACCUGUGUGAGUUCGCUGCCCGGGGCCGCCGCUGCUCGGCCGGGCUCCGUCGGCGCAGGGCGGGGUGAUGCGCGGGUUCCGGUGUAACGGCGCACAGAAAAUGAAGCUCAGACGAGACGUGCGGCCGGCCGCCGAAGCUGCGCUUGUGUACCGGAGACUAGAAUGAGAAGCAGCCCGCGGCAGUGUGACAGGGCGGCGGUGUAAGCGUCCGGAGAGGCCGCUGGCGGGGGGAAGAAGCGCGUCUCUGCGGCGCCCCUCCGCCCCCUGCCCGUCACUACGAUGAGGAAGCUUUUUACAGUCUGCUGCCUCCUCCUGAUCACCGGCGGGGCGCACCGGGCGUGGGCCACCGGGAAUCUGACGGUGGACAGCGGCGACGAGACCGGCCCGACGACCGUGAGCGGCGGCAGCAGCAGCAGUGAGACCAACGUGACAGAAGACAGCAGGUUUAUCAGAAUCGGAGACGGAUCCUCUCAGGAAUUCGAGUUCCCUGAAAACAGCAACGGUGUAAUUGUGAUCUCCAGCCGGUAUCGGAGCCCGGCAGCUGGCGGCAGGAAGGGCCGGCAGAGUUGGAAGCAGACGGUUCGAGUCCGCUCUCUGGACCCUGACGUCCUGUCCAUCCUGAACGUGACAGACGGCGGGCGUGCCGGAUCGGCUGCUAGCUACAUCAUCAGCAUCCGCUCAGGGUUUCCGGGCCGGGCGCAGCUGGAGAUCCAGCUGCUGGACCUGGAUCGGGACGCGAAGCCGGUCCUGAUUGAGAAGAGGACUGAGUACUCCAUCAGGGUGGCCCCCGGGAGCGAUGACCCUGUCAGCCGCCUGGUCCGCUCGGGCGGGCUGUCGCACUUCUCGGAGAACCCGGUGCUCUUCGCCUUGCUGCCCCUCAUCUUCGUCAACAAGUGUGCCUUCGGGUGCAAGGUGGAGGUGGAGGUGCUGCGGGGGCUGCUGAGGAGCCCGGUGCCCCUGCUCCUCGGGGUGCUGGGGCAGUUCCUGGUGAUGCCCUUCUAUGCCUACUGUGUGUCCCGGCUGGCCUUACUGCCCACCGAGCUCUCCUUGGGGCUGGUGAUCACUUGCUCGGCGCCGGGAGGCGGCGGCGGUUACCUGUACAGCCUCCUGCUUGGAGGAGACGUCACCCUCGCCAUCUCCAUGACGCUGGUGUCCACAGUGGUGGCGGUGGCGGCCAUGCCUCUGUCGUCGGCGCUCUACGGGCGGCUGCUAGGUGUGCACGCCGCUCUCCACGUGCCCUUUGUUAAGAUCCUGGGCACGCUCCUCUUCAUCGCCAUCCCCAUCUCGCUGGGGAUGCUGAUCAAGCUGCGUUUGCCCGCGCUCACCCGCGUCCUGCUGGCACUCAUCCGCCCCUUCAGCUUCGUGCUCAUUGUGGGUGGCAUCUUCAUGGCGUACCAAAUGGGGGCCUCCAUCCUGGCCAACGUGCGGCCACAGAUCGUGGCGGUGGGCGUGACGGUGCCUCUGCUGGGCCUGGCGGUCGGGGCGAUCCUGGCGAAGGUGGCGGGUCUGGAGGCGCCGCAGAGGAAGACGGUCAGCAUCGAGGUGGGCGUCCAGAACAGCUUGCUGGCGCUCGCCGUCAUGCAGCUGUCAUUCCGCCGCGCGGAGGCGGACUUCGCGUCACAGGCACCGUUCAUCGUGGCGCUCAGCAGCACCUCGGAGAUGCUGCUCAUUGUGCUGGGGUACUUCGCCCACCGGAGGCUGUGUGGCGUCGUCGCUCCCAGGAGCAGCGCCUGAUUGUAGAAGCCACUUUUCUUCUGAACGUUUUUUUUGACAACUGAAUCCUUGCAAGUGGCUGGCGUUAGGGGGGGGAAACUGUCGUACGUUUCUGCAAACCAAGUGUGUGCCGAAUGUAACGAGACAAAGAGCACCGUCGUGCUGUUCACUCAGCCAGUCAGCAGGAACACAGCGAGUGACUCAUGUAGUGUUCAGAGCUCAGAGAGUCUCUGUCUCACGCCCAGUUUUGGUUAUUUAACUCACCGAUAUAUUCAUUUGGUAAUUUUUUUUUCCAUUAUUUGUCCAUUUUGAGUUCUUUCGUCUUGUGUUUUGGUAAUUUUGUCUCAUUUUUAGUUGUUUUGUAUCUUUUGUGUCAUUUUAUCUUCAAGAUAAUUUUGUGUCUUCAUGUUUAUGUUGUGUGUUUAUUUGUAUCUUGUCUUUCUUUGUGACCCGACAAUCCCUUUAACAGGACUCCAGAUCCCUUUUUUGUUUCUCUCGCCUCUAUUCAUAUUUACUGUUGACAUCACGUCUCCAUUUCUGCCAAAAAAAAUACAAACUGGUGACAAAAGUUAGCCUUAAAUGUAAAUAAACACCAGGCAGGCGCAGACAGAAAAAGUUUGACUCAUAAUUAAACCUUAGUUGCUUCCAUGUGAGGAGACGUUGUGAACCACAACUACGCCGUGUCUGCCAAAUUUUGUCAGCAGGGACCUUGCCAAAGCAAAAAUACCUAAAAAAAAAAAAAAAAUAUGGAUGAAAUACAUUAGCAUGCUAAACUAAUGCUCAUCAAGUGGUAUUGCUAAUGUGUUGAUUAUAUCAUCUUAGUAUGUUUGGGCUGGCAUCGAAAUUUGGUCUAUAGUUUGCUUCAAUUUUUUUCUUUGACCUCUCCUUUUCCGACCUAGAAUUGAACCGUCAUUUGUGUCAUGAGGUGACAGUGCUAAUCACUUUUCCACGUUGCCGUACAGAUUUUCUCAACACAUUGUCAAAUUUGAGUUUAGCUGACAAAAUCACUCAGGAUGUCAUUGAGCGAUCAAACUUUUCAUUCAGGAAGACGCCACUCGCCAGCAUCCUGCGAUAAAGGUGCAGUUUCUAAAAUUUUGAUAUUCCUUUGCAGUUUCUAUAUUUACAGAACUCUAUAAAUGGUCCAGAUCCAAGAUUUCCUGUUUUUAAUUAUCUCUUUGAAUGAGGUCGUCAUGUCGCACUGCCGUGGUGCACCAGGUUUUCGCGCUUGCCGGAGGUUCUCCUCGCACUUUUCCUGAAACUGACCGCGCUGCCAUGUUAUUUAAUGCCCGUUGCCAUGGCGAUAAAGUUGUUGGUAGAUGCCCUUUUCCACCGCCACCAGCGGUUCUCCUGGAAGUCUUUGGGGGAAGCAUUGUGUGAAGGUUGAAGGUACCUUACACACUGUACCUUUUUGAAUAGCGUUGUAGUUGUUUUGGUCAACUUCAGCAUUUGACAGGCUCAUUGGAGCAUUUUUCAGGGCCGCCGUAGGUUCUCUACUCGUGACCAUUUCUAACAUUGCCAGCAAGGUUUUAUUUUUCAAAUUUUUUUUUGCUAACCUUGCGGGGAAAAAAAAAAAAUCUUUUGCAUGUUCCCAUGGCAACAAAGAUCUGUUGUUGCUUGUACCUUUAUUUUUCAUGCCCACUAAAGGUUUUCAGAGGUUGUAAUUUGCGUUCUCACCACAAGGUGACAGUGUUCGGUGACAUAAAAGUGAGAUUUUGAAGAUUUGACCCUUUCCGUGAAGUUAACCAAGCUGCCGCUUUUUUUUUUUUUUCCUGUUGUUACCAUGUUGACGAAGGCCGUGGGUUGCUAGCAGGUGUAUUUUCACCACCACUUCAAGUUUCCUGAUGACUCUUUAAAGGGCACAGAGAACGAGAUGCGCCGUUGUCAGCAGGCGCCGCCAAAUUUCAUCUACCAUUGCAAAAACCAAACUGCAGUAGUACUUUUCUGUCUGUUACAAACUUGCUGGUAGGCGUUUCCAUGGCCGCUGUAGCUUCCCUCUGAAAUCCACUGUUGGUGGAGAUGCAGGGUGCAACCUCACCACAAGGGGGCAGUAAAUUGAACACACUUUGCUGAGGGGUUAAUUUUUUUUUUUCCUGUCUUUUCAUCAAGCUAGCUGUUGUGUCAUACUGUUGUUCUCUGUUGCCAUGGCGAUGAAGGCCUCGGUUGCUGCGGUUUGCAGAAACGUGCGAUGUUUUCCUGGAACAUCGUGCUCCUCCGAAUCCUGUGGAACGCUGAAGCUCCAACCCAGUCGAGACGAGACAGCGAGUUUAGACUCUUUUUGUGCUUCUUUACGUCGUCGUUUUUGGUAUUUUUUCAUGGAAACCAAAGGCCUUUUACCCCAACACACACGCACACUCACACACACUUACCCCACUCCCUCCCUCCUCCUUCUGGGACCUUUUUGUGUUCAUUUUACAAUAUGUACUUUUUCAAAUCAGAUUAUACUGUGAGGUACAUACCUGUAAAUAUUCGUAAGAAGAGAAAAACCUAUCAAAGAAAGUGAAUAUUUUUCUACCAGAUUACCUUUUUGUAAUCCUGAAGCAAAGAUUGAUUUGUACCAUGUUUACAAAGGUCCACGUGUCUUAGCCUGAGGGGGGGUUUCUCUGUGGGUUUGAAGCGGAAACAUUUGUGAUGAUUUUUGAAAGUAUUCUCCACUGAUUGUGUUUCCUGGAUCUUUGAAUCCACGUACUUGAAUAUAUUUGAGAGGUGAUAAAGUGAAUAAAAGUCCUUGUUGAA